AUGGAGGGUGACGAUGUAUUUAGAGUAAGUAGUGCACGGCUAAGCAGUGCACGGCUAAGCAGCUCAAACAUCUGGAGGAGCAGCGCCAUGGAAGUUUUCUCGAGGUCUUCGGUAGAAGACAACGACGAAGAAGCUUUGAAAUGGGCUGCUCUGGAGAAACUGCCCACCUAUAUGCGUAUAAGGAGAGGUAUACUCACUGAAGCAGAGGGUCAAGCCAGAGAGAUUGAUAUAAAGAAUCUUGGGGUGCUUGAGAGGAAGAAUUUGUUGGAGCGGCUUUUGAAAAUUGCAGAUGAAGAUAACGAGAACUUCUUGUUGAAGCUCAAGGACCGCAUCGAACGUGUUGGGCUUGAUAUUCCGACAAUUGAAGUCCGGUUCGAGCAUUUAUGUGUAGAAGCAGAAGCUUAUGUUGGAAGCAGGGGAUUACCCACAAUAUUCAACUUUUGUGUUAAUCUGUUAGAGGGGUUCCUGAGUUAUCUUCAUAUUCUUCCAAAUCGAAAGAAACCAUUACCAAUUCUUCAUGAUGUUUGUGGAAUCAUCAAGCCUAGAAGAAUGGCAUUGCUUUUAGGCCCCCCAGGCUCUGGAAAGACCACAUUGCUAUUGGCUCUGGCGGGAAAACUUGGGAAAGAGCUGAAAUCCUCAGGGAGAGUCACGUACAAUGGAUAUGGAAUGGAACAUUUUGUACCGCAGAGGACUUCAGCAUAUAUAAGUCAACAUGAUGUUCAUAUAGGAGAAAUGACUGUGAGAGAAACGCUAGCUUUUUCCGCAAGAUGUCAAGGGGUCGGGCAACGUUAUGAGAUGUUGGCAGAAUUAUCGAGGAGAGAGAAGGCGGCAAACAUUAAGCCAGAUCCUGAUCUUGACAUCUAUAUGAAGGCUGCAUCACUAGAAGGGCAGGAAACCAGUGUUGUAACAGAUUAUAUACUCAAGAUUCUUGGACUUGAAGUCUGUGCUGAUACCUUAGUGGGGGAUGAAAUGCUACGAGGUAUAUCUGGGGGACAAAGGAAGCGAGUCACAACAGGGGAAAUGCUGGUCGGGCCAGCAAAAGCACUUUUCAUGGAUGAGAUCUCCACUGGUCUGGACAGUUCAACAACAUUUCAGAUAGUAAACUCACUCAGACAAUCCAUCCACAUUCUCAAUGGAACAGCAGUUAUCUCUCUCCUCCAGCCAGCUCCAGAAACUUAUGACCUAUUUGAUGACAUAAUUCUCCUCUCAGAUGGGCAAAUUGUGUAUCAGGGUCCUCGCGAAAAUGUGCUCGAGUUCUUUGAAUACAUGGGCUUUAAAUGUCCAGAGAGAAAGGGAGUUGCUGACUUCUUACAAGAAGUGACGUCGAGGAAAGAUCAAGAGCAGUACUGGGCAAAUAAAGACGAACCUUAUAGUUUUGUUUCAGUCAAGGAAUUUGCUGAAGCGUUUCAGUCAUUUCACAUUGGUCGAAGACUAGGUGAUGAGCUUGCUACACCUUUUGACAAGUCCAAAGGCCAUCCUGCUGCUUUAACAACCAGAAAGUAUGGAGUUAGCAUGAAGGAACUACUCAAAGCUUGUGUAUCUAGAGAAUUUUUGCUUAUGAAGAGGAAUUCAUUUGUCUACAUUUUCAAGAUGUUCCAACUAAUUCUAUUGGCUUUUAUAACAAUGACAUUAUUUUUACGAACCGAGCUGCACCGGGAUACAACUGCAGAUGGUGGGAUUUAUAUGGGUGCUAUGUUCUUUACAAUCAUCAUAAUAAUGUUUAAUGGAUUCUCGGAGCUUGCUAUGACCAUCAUGAAACUUCCUGUCUUCUAUAAGCAGAGGGACCUCCUCUUCUAUCCUUCUUGGGCAUACUGUCUACCAACAUGGAUACUUAAGAUCCCAAUAACCUUCCUUGAAGUUGCCGUUUGGGUAGUCAUGACUUAUUAUGUCAUAGGAUUUGAUCCCAACAUUGAACGGUUUUUCAAACACUUUCUUUUACUCCUAUGUAUUAACCAGAUGGCAUCUGGACUGUUCCGAUUGAUGGGGGCAUUAGGGAGAAAUAUCAUUGUUGCGAACACAUUCGGGUCUUUCGCUUUACUUGCAGUUCUUGUUUUAGGUGGAUUUGUUUUAUCACGAGAUAAUAUACAGAAAUGGUGGGUGUGGGGUUACUGGAUCUCUCCAAUGAUGUAUGCACAGAACGCUAUAGCUGUCAAUGAAUUUCUUGGAAAAAGUUGGAGACAUGUUCCUUCUAAUUCAACAGAGCCAUUGGGAGUUUUAGUCCUGGAGUCUCGAGGGGUAUUCACAGGAGCACAUUGGUAUUGGAUUGGAGUUGGAGCAUUAAUUGGAUACAUUUUGCUUUUCAAUUUCCUAUUCACGUUGGCCCUCAAAUAUCUUGAUCCAUUUGGGAAGCCUCAGGCCGUAUUAUCCAAAGAGGCCUUGGCUGAGAAAGAAGCUAACAGAAGUGGUCCAAGUAGAGAGUUCAUUGAGUUACCAUCAAGAGAAAAGAGCUUUUCUGAUAGAGGGAAUGAAAGUCGAAGAAGUGUAUCAUCCAGGACCUUGUCUGCAAGAGUGGGCAGCAUUAAUGACGCUAAACGCCGGGGCAUGGUUCUUCCUUUUGAACCCCUUUCUAUCACAUUUGAUGAAAUCAGAUAUGCUAUAGACAUGCCACAGGAAAUGAAAGCUCAGGGAGUUCCUGAGGAUCGGCUGGAACUCUUGAAGGGUGUGAGUGGUGCUUUUAGGCCAGGAGUCCUCACUGCUCUAAUGGGUGUGAGUGGUGCAGGCAAGACUACUCUAUUGGAUGUGUUGGCGGGAAGGAAAACUGGUGGAUAUAUUGAGGGAAGCAUCACUAUAUCUGGGUAUUCCAAAAGGCAAGAAACAUUUGCCCGCAUAUCAGGAUACUGCGAGCAAACUGACAUCCACUCUCCUCAUGUGACAGUCUAUGAGUCUUUGGUUUAUUCUGCAUGGCUUCGGUUACCACCUGAGGUUGACUUCGCAACCAGAAAGAUGUUCAUUGAGGAAGUUAUGGAGUUGGUGGAGCUGAACUCACUAAGAGAAGCCCUUGUUGGAUUGCCCGGCGUGAAUGGUCUAUCGACGGAGCAGCGCAAAAGGCUGACAAUCGCAGUUGAGCUUGUUGCCAACCCAUCUAUUAUAUUCAUGGAUGAACCGACCUCUGGUCUUGAUGCCAGGGCAGCAGCAAUAGUGAUGAGAACAGUGAGGAACACAGUAGACACAGGUAGAACUGUGGUGUGCACCAUCCACCAGCCCAGCAUUGAUAUAUUUGAUGCUUUUGAUGAGUUAUUUCUCUUGAAACGGGGUGGUGAAGAGAUAUAUGUAGGUCCAUUAGGCCGCCAUUCUUCCCAUUUGAUCAACUACUUUGAGGGAAUUGAUGGAGUUCCUAAGAUUAAGGAUAAAUACAAUCCUGCUACUUGGAUGUUGGAGUUUACUUCAGCAGCACAAGAAGUAGCUCUUGGGGUGAACUUUACUGACAUAUACAAGAACUCAGAAAUUUAUAGGAGAAACAAGGCCUUGAUCAACGAAUUAAGUACACCUCCGCUAGGUUCAAAAGACUUGUACUUCCCUACACAAUACUCACAGCCUUUCUUUACCCAAUGUAUGGCUUGCCUAUGGAAACAACAUUUGUCAUAUUGGCGGAACCCACCAUACACUGCAGUCAGACUCCUAUUCACAACUUUCACAGCUUUAAUGUUUGGGACAAUAUUCUGGGAUAUUGGCUCCAAAAGGCGAAACCGACAAGAUCUUUUUAAUGCAAUGGGUUCCAUGUAUGCUGCCGUGCUCUUCCUUGGGGUACAAAAUGCCUCAUCGGUGCAGCCAGUUGUGGCCAUUGAGAGAACAGUCUUUUACAGAGAAAGAGCAGCUGGAAUGUAUUCUGCUUUGCCAUAUGCCUUUGGACAGGUUGUUAUUGAGCUUCCUUACAUUUUUGUUCAGACCCUAAUCUAUGGGUUCAUAGUGUAUGCCAUGAUUGGGUUUGAUUGGACAGUGAGCAAAUUCUUUUGGUAUAUCUUCUUCAUGUACUUCACCCUAUUAUACUUCACUUUCUAUGGCAUGAUGGCUGUGGCUGUUACUCCAAACCACAACAUUGCUGCUAUAGUUUCCUCAGCCUUCUAUGGAAUCUGGAAUCUUUUCUCAGGAUUUGUCAUUCCCAGAACAAGGAUGCCAAUUUGGUGGAGAUGGUACUAUUGGGCUUGUCCUGUCUCUUGGACCUUGUAUGGAAUGAUUGCUUCACAAUUUGGAGACAUUGAUGACAAAUUUGAUUCUGGUGAGACUGUGGAAGAUUUUUUGAUGAGUUAUUUUGGGUAUAGAAAUGACUUUGUGGGUGUUGUUGCAAUUGUGAUAGUUGGAAUUUCAGUGUUCUUUGGAUUCACCUUUGCCUAUUCAAUCAAGGCAUUUAACUUCCAAAAAAGAUGA